GCACAGGUGAGUACCGGGAAUAAAGCCCUGCUGGAAGAUCCAUGACUGACAGCUGAAAGCCAAACAUUCGCGCAUGAAUCGCGCUCGCUCCUCCCUCAUGGGGCCCUCAGCGGCCAAUGGCGUGGCUCUCCUUCAGAUAGACCCCAGCGUAUCUCCCUCCAGCCCCAGUCCCCGCAGAGUAAAAGUCACGUUGGAAGGAAGAGGGGAGAGAGAUAUCUGCUUACAGCUGCUGUCAGAUAUCCGAUCGGGUUCGCAUGGCGAGGAGGUAACCUGAUCGAGCGGGGAGGAGUGACUCUGCCAGGGAAGGCUCGAACAAAAAAAAUGUCUUCUUCUGCCGGAGAGGUCACGGCAGUGAAUGACAUCAAGAGGGAAAAUGUGAAGGAGGUGGAUAAGCGUGAGAGCAUCAAGCUGGUGGCGCUGGACGCGGCGGAGUUGUCCAUGGAGCGCACGGCUCCCAACGCCGACGCGGUGCGCACGGAGCUGCUGGUGAGCGCCGCUUCCUCCCUGGCUUUCUCCCCGGAGCAAGUGGCGUGCGUGUGCGAGGCGCUGCAGCAGGGGGGCAACGUGGACCGGCUGGCGAGGUUCUUGUGGUCCUUACCCCAAAGCGACCUGCUCCGCGGCAACGAAAGCAUCCUGAAAGCCCAAGCCCUCGUUGCCUUCCAUCAGGCGCGCUACCAGGAGCUCUACAGUAUUUUGGAGAACCAUAGUUUCAACCCGUCCAACCACACCUUUCUGCAGGAACUGUGGUACAAGGCCCGGUACACGGAGGCGGAGAAGGCGCGGGGGAGACCCCUGGGCGCCGUGGAUAAGUACCGGAUCCGGAGAAAAUACCCUCUCCCCAGGACUAUCUGGGACGGCGAGGAGACGGUUUAUUGUUUCAAGGAGAGGUCGCGGAACGCGCUGAAGGAUCUCUACAAUCAGAACAGGUACCCGUCUCCAGCCGAGAAACGGAAUCUGGCCAAGAUAACCGGACUCUCCUUGACCCAAGUCAGCAACUGGUUCAAAAACAGGCGGCAGAGGGACAGAAACCCAUCGGAAGCGCAGUCCAAAAGUGAGUCUGAUGGAAACCACAGCACAGAGGACGAGUCCAGUAAGGGCCAGGAGGAGCUGUCCCCUCGUCCUCUCUCCAACUCUUCAGACGGAGUGAUAACCCACGGGAGCCUCCCGGCUCAGGCUGGACCUCUGGACGGGGGUGUCGUCAUCCAGCAGAUCGGCGACAUCAAGAUGUCAGGAUCCAGCGGUGGUGGCGUCUACAAUGGCAGCCUCGCAACCACUAAUACUUCCUCCACCGUGUUUCACAAUGGCGGCUCAUCCUACCUCCACUCGCCUGGAAACAUCCUGUUCAACGGGCUCAAUCUGGGCAUCCAGCCGCUGGCGUUCAACCCCCUGAGGCCGCCCGGCGGGGUGCUGCUGGGCGGCUCCGGGGGGGACAUGCACAUGCAGACGGGCCAGGAGAAGGGACUGGGCGGCGCCGAGGAGUCCGUCCUGCAGUACUCCUCCUACUCGGGCUGCGUGAAUGGGUCGGAGGUGAAGCUGGAGGGCAUCCACACUAUGGCGGCCCAGAACGGAGGCACCUCUGUGCUCACCUUCAGCUCGCCGUCUGCAGCUCUGCAACUCGGCGGCUACAGUCUGGUCCCGGUACCGAGCGGAGUCCCUGACAGUGACGGCAGUGCGCUGCUCAACAGUGAUGUAGGUCUUCCUCCUCUACAGCUGCCGUCUGCUUCAUCUUCCUCAACAAUUACUCAACAAGGUAACAUGUCUCUGAACAGCGCAGUGGUGAGCUCGUCUAGUGAAGACUCCUUCCAGCCGCAGGACAAGCUAGCCAUGACGUCUCUGCACCACAACAGCGUCCUCUACAGUCUGAGCAACCAGACCGCCAUCAAGAAGGAGCCUCUGGACGGCGGGAUUUACUCCUCGUACCACGCCGGGCUGCACCUGGACCCCAGCGGUCAGAUCAGCUACACCAGCCCCGACUCGGCCUCCAGCCAUGCCGCCGACGUCACCGUCAGCUCGUCCAGCUCCGAGCCGGAGGUCUACACCACCCUCACCAACAGCACGCCUCUGAUGGCUCCGACGGACCAGGACGCCCAUCACCAUCUGCAGCCGGCGGAGUACCUGGGCUCCCACGAGGUGCACCGAGGGGCCCCGCCCUCACACCUGAUGGGCCCCGGGAUGAACAGUGACUACAUGAACCUGCCGGACAGCAAGGCGGACGGCUCGGGGGCCGGUGGGAUGAACGAGAUGGUGCGGGCAAUGUGUGGGGAGCUGGAAGAGGGGAAGGAGCUAGCCAAACUACAGACUGUGCAGAUGGACGAGGGCAUGUCCGACCUUUAACCUCAGACUUUGAAGCACUCACAUCCACCUGGGCAGUCAUAUGAGGAAUCUUUUUACUCUUCUGUGUGCGUGUGAGUGUGUGUGUGAGUUUUUAAGCAUUGAUUUCCUUUAAAUUAUUUGCUUUUAUUUUCACUUUUGAAAUGCACUCUAGUCAGAAAGGAUCCGUGUGGGUGGGCUGCUUCAGCUUUUUACAAAAACGUAAAAAUAAAAGAGGCUGUGAGGUGUUAAAAAACAUUCAUGUGAAGAACCAGUGACGCCUCGUCCACAUGUAGCCCGAUAUCUGAGAAAACAAAUACAUUUUUAUAAGUUAUGCUGUUUCAUCCACACGAAAACUCUGUUUAAUAUCACUAAAAACAAUUACGUUUCAGACAUAUUAAAAAUAAAACUCUGUAUUUGUG